CGAUGGUGGGCAUGAGCUUGCUGAAAGAAAAAAGAGGGAAAAAAAACGGAGAAAUAAGGGAAAAAAAAAAGGAGGGAGGCAGGUGACCGGCGUUUUUUUUUUUUUUUGGGGGGGGGAGAGGGAAGCGGAGGGGACUAAUAGGGAAAACAGUGGCCAUGAUGAGGUAGGCAGCAUGAUGGGAGCUGUCUCUUAUACACAUCUAGAUGUGUAUAAGAGACAGGCAAAGAGGUCUACGACGGGGGGCGAAGCAAGCGGUGGUGAAGCGCAGAAGACCGCGGGACAAGUGCUUGUCCUUAGCAGCCACUCCUCUGAGACGAGGACGAGAGAAGAAGAUGACGGCGAUGGCGGAGCGCACGGGGAGAUCGGUAACGACGGUGCUGCAGGCGAUGGUGGGCAUGAGCUUGCUGACGCUUUUAAUGCUGAGCGCGGAUGUCGAUGCACAGAGUCCCAGGAUCUCGUCGUGAUCACCAUGAAGUACUGCGCUUUCAGCGCUACCACGGACCAGGGCGUGUCCGGAAUGCGCAAGUCCUGCCAGUUGAAUAUUGCGAUGGCUUCACCGGGCUACUCGUUCUCGUUGGAGAUGGUCACGCUUCGCGGGUACACUUUCCUCGACGAUAAGGUGAAUGCGACUCACAAGGUGAGCUUCUAUCUCACAGGCGAGCUUGGGACGGGGAGUUUCUCUGGUUCCACCACUGGCCCCUUCGAUGACAACUACCAGCACUCCGGUCCCGUCAAUCCCAAGUCCCAAGUCCCAAGAUUUGGAGGCCUUGCAAGGUCAGGCAGGAGGAAUCUCAACGUCAGGGCGGAGGUUCGAGUCGACAACAGCGCCAAUCGCAGUGGAGUAGGUUUCAUCGACGUGGAUAGAUACCAAGGACGGCGGCCUCGCGUUCAGGCUGAAGUGGAGUGGACAACGUGCAAAUGAGUGGGCUGCAGAGCCUCCCUCUUGCGAGCACGCUGGCGAUUGCAGCGCGUCGCAAGGCGGGGGGGGGGAGGGGAAGAGGGAGGGGGAACGGACUGGGGAGCUGAUCUUGUCAGGGGCGCUUUUCCUAUUCGUUCUAGGGGUAAUUUGUCUGAUUUUAUGCCAUAGUCGCACUGCGGUAGGUCUUUUGCGACUGAGAUACGGACGUGAUUGCGGUGAGAUGCACCGAGAUCUGACCGUGAUUGCGGUCGGAUUCAUUUACAAAAGUGCGCGUGCUGGUAUGAGCUCAGUUUAGAUUGCGUCUUUGGCUGUGAAUACGGUCAGAUUCGUGCAGGAGAGUCCGAACGUGAGCGAGGGCUUAAUCCGGCCAGGUGCACGGCCUUCCGCUUCAGUAGAGCGUGAGGGCCAGUGCGUGCCCGAAUCGCGCAUGAAAAGCACUCUCGAUUUCGAGUAGAUGACCGGGCGUUCUACUCGGGAAAAGGAGGUACCGCGUAGGAUUUGUGAUGGGCAGUUGAUUCCGGUUAUUUUGGCAGAGCUACAGCCUUUGGUGUUCGUCAAUAUGUGAAUGAAUGGUGUAGAUCAGG